CGAUUGUCCUGGUCAAACUGUUGCUGCUGUUCUGUCCUUGAAGGUGUCAUAGAUAGGGAAAUCUCACACAUGUCUACUUUCACUACUGAAACUUCAAGACUCCUAUCUGAUCCAACUGUCCCGGAGGAGGAAUAUGGAAUCCAUGACAACUCUGACGAUAGCACCACCACGCUACAAGAUGGAUAUAUCACAACAACAGCGGAAGAGGCAUCUGCAAUUUCAAAGUCGUCACUCUCAUUGAUCAUUACCUUCUUCCUCCAGUACUCAUUGAACGUGGUUUCGAUCUUCUCUGUGGGUCACAUUGGAAAGACUGAGCUCGCAGCAGUUUCCUUAUCUGCGAUGACCUUCAACAUUAGUGCCGGUGUGUUCCAAGGAAUGGCAACUUCGCUCGAUACGUUCUGCUCACAAGCAUACGGCGCAGGGAAAAUGAAACUCGUUGGGCUCCAUUUUCAGAGGUGUGUGUGCAUGGUGUUUGUAAUUGCCAUUCCGAUAAACCUGAUGUGGUGGUUCUCAGCCUCAAUUCUUAACUUAUUCGUCCCUGAUAAGGACCUCACAUCGCUUGCACAGAACUACCUGAGAAUCUUGGCUUUUGGUUCUCCUGGGUUCAUUCUUUUCGAAACAGGGAAGAGAUUUUUACAAGCACAAGGCAAUUUCCACGGGGCCAAGUAUGUGCUAUAUAUUUGCACACCGAUAAACGCUGUGCUAAACUACGUAUUGGUGUGGGACUCAAGUGUUGGUAUUGGGUUCUAUGGUGCUGCCCUUGCCACUGCAGUCAGUUAUACCCUCAUGGCGUUCCUAUUGCUAUGUUACGCUGCCUAUGUUGAUGGAUCAAAAUGCUGGAAUGGGCUUCAAAUUAGAGAAUCCUGUAAGAAUUGGGGUCCAAUGGCUUCUUUAGCAUUGCCUGGUGUUAUAAUGAUCGAAGCAGAGUUCCUCGCGUUUGAGAUCUUGACGCUUAGUGCUGCGAAAUUUGGUACAGAGACACUUGCUGCUCAGUCAAUUGCUUCCACCUGUGCAUCCCUCGUCUUCCAGGUCCCAUUUGGACUGAGUGUUGCGGCAUGUACAAGAGUAGCAACUUACAUUGGAUCACAGAACGUUAUCAGUGCUCAGAUUGCAAUUAAAGUGUCACUUAUCAUUGCCCUUAUACUCGGAGUGGUCCUUGCAUCAAGUGUCUACAAUGGGAAGGACAUCAUCAUUUCCUGGUUUACAGACGAUUCUAAAGUCAUUGAGCAGACACUUGUGGUGAUUCAGGUCUUGGCUUACAACCAGCUAUUUGAUACGGUGAAUGUUAUAUCAGCGGGCUGUUUGAGAGCACAGGGUCGUCAGAAAAUUGGAAGCAAUCUGAAUCUCUUCUGCUAUUACGCCAUUGGCUUGCCUAUGGCAAUGUAUUUGGCCUUCCAUAGAGGAUGGGGACUCAAAGGUCUAUGGUUUGGGUUAAGUUCUGGAGUUUUCGUUUUAGCCAUUGCAGAACUCAUAGCGAUUUUCACGGCUGAUUGGGAAUGGAUUGUUCGCAAAUCCAUAGAGAGGAACAGCGUAGAGUAUUGAGAAAAUAGAUCGUUUAUUGC